GGAUUCUUCAAAGAUCUCGCAGGCUCUGCUGCCAAAGCAUUCGUGGAAGCUGCUGCUUCGAAUGACGAUUACCCCUUUGCCAUAACCGACUUGCAGCAAAUCGCCGACGAGCACAAAUUGUCCGAGAACUCCGUGAUCAUGUUGAAGAAGUUUGAUGACGGAAAGGCCCUCUUCGAAGGAGAAAUCACUCCUGAUGCCAUCGUCAAGUUCGUAAGAACCAACGCUUUGCCAUUGGUCGUUGAGUUCAAACAAGACACUGCGCAGAAAGUUUUCGGUGGCGAUAUCAAAUCUCACGUUCUGAUCUUCGCUGGAAACAAGGACGACAAAACACAAGCACUCAUCGAAGGAGCUCGGGAAGUUGCGAAAGAAGUACGAGACAGGAUCCUCUUCGUGCAUAUCGACACAGACGAAGAAGAGCAUAAAAGAAUCAUUGAGUUCUUUGGAAUGAAAGAUUCUGACAUUCCCGAUGUGCGAAUCAUCAAGUUGGAGGAGGAUAUGUCCAAGUACAAGCCAGCUGAGAGUAUCAAGGACACGGAGAGUCUCAGAGAC